AUGGGAGCGAGUUGUAAUGAUCAGCGCAAGGCUGUGGCCGUGUGUUUACAGCGGUCUCCUUGUGUUUUGAUUCAACGGAACACUCCUAAAAAGUGCUUAGAGGAUCCAGAACUGAGUAAAGAUUUACCAGAACUUUGUAUGGCCCAGAUGAAAGCAUUCUUGGAGUGCAAGCGGGGAAUGGUGGAUAUGACAAAACGCUUCAGAGGAAAUGGGGCACUAUCAACAGGGAAAUACGAUCAGCAAUAUGAAAACUUGUCGACCGGACAUUUUGACGCGAGAGAGGAGCUGAGAAAACUGGAGGUUUUGAGCAGCCAGAACAAGAAGUGA